AUGGCCGAGCUGGCGGGUGGCACUGGCCUCGGCAAAGAGGUCGUGGUCGAGGGCGAGGGCAAGGGCGAGGUCCGUCCUGGGCUGCAGAGCAUGCAGGGGGGAGACGGUGACGGUAGCGGUGACAGAGAUGCGGCAUUGCAGACGGUGGCGAAUGAAGAGGAUGUGGCUGGCACCACUGCCGGUGCCGGGCUGAGCGAGGGCGAAGGCGCGGGCGAGGUCGAGGGCGAGGAAGCGGGCGAAGCUGCUGCUGGCGCCGACGUCAAGGACGACGAUGAGGAGUACGUGCUGGCGCUGAGGACGUCACUGCCGCCGGGCAAGACGCUCAAGUUUCGGAUCUCGGCGACGGUGGUCAAGCCGUCGGAGGUGUCGAUGGGCGCCGAGGACUUUGAGGCUGCGCCGAUGGACACGCCGGCGUUGAUGCGCGACGCGCCAUUUGCCAGCGAGGGCGCAGUGGCAGAGCUGUGGCGGGCCAAGGACCGGAUGGAUGCCGUGUUUGACGCCGGCCUGCAGGAGCAGUACUACAAGGCCCGCGAUGCGCUGUUUCCGCUCGACAAGUCAGGCUCGUCCAAGUACUGGAACCGAGCAGGCGAUAAGCUGAAGCAGGUGCUCAACUCGAUCGGGCUGCGAAGCUCGCCGCGCAAGUUUGUGUUUGUCGACGUGUGCGGCGGACCGGGCGCCUUCUCGCAAGUGCUCCUCUCGAUGUACGGCGGGUGCCAGGGCGUGGGGAUCACGCUGGAGGAUGCGACGAAGCGGGUGGGCAACCGCGGCGCGUUCCAGUGGUACGAGUCGCUGCUGUUCCUCGAGUCUGGGCGGCGCAACCCGCGUUUUACGCCGGUCAAGGGCCCGCGGCCCGAUUCGAACGGCUCGGUCUUUAUUCCCGAGAACCUCGACGCGGUGGCAGCCAAAGUUGCCGAGCUCGAUCCGAAGCGGCAGCGUGCGGGCAUGGUGGUGGGCGACGGCGGGUUUCAGAUCUCCAAGGAUGCGCAGGGUCGGCACAAGGAGAACCUGCAGGAGCUGUUCUCGGCGCGGAUUAUCCUCUCGGAGACGGUCUGCAUGCUCAAGUGCAUCGAGGCCGGCGGCUCGUUUGUGGUCAAGCUCUUUGACUCGUUCUCGGCCUUUACCGUCUCGCUCUUUUUUGUCAUGACCCAGCUGUUUGACGAGGUCUUUGUGGUCAAGCCCAUCAAGUCGCGAACGGUCAACUCGGAGCGGUACCUGGCAGCCAAGUCGUGUCGGUCGGUGACCUCAGCCACCUUUCUGUUCUGGAAGGAGCAUUUGGAGACCGUCCACGCCUACCACGAGAACUCGCUCGUUCCCCAGCGGUUCCUCACCCAGGACACCGCCUUCCUUGACUCGGUCCUCCGCCUCAACAACACUCUGGUCGAGCGCCAGAUCGCCGCCCUCAACGCAGUCAUGGACCAAGUUCACGAAACGGUCGGACCCAUCGUCCAGCCACCGCCCAAGCCGCCGACGCCGCCGCCCCCGGCGCCACCUCCGUCGGCCUCACCACAUGGCCGCUCAUCGCGCUCCUCACACCACAACUCGUCGCGCAAGCGCUCGCGCUCCUCGCGCCACCACUCGUCGCGCCAUCGGUCCCUCGCGCAGUCGCUCCUCGCGCUCCUCGCGCUCCUCGCGCUCCUCGCGCUCCUCGCGCUCGUCCCGCAAGCGACAUGGCUCGUCGCGCCAUCGCUCGUCGCGCCGCCGCUCGUCGCAUCGGUCCUCGCGCCGCCGCUCACCGUCGUCGGCCUCGGCCUCGGCCUCGGCCUCGAGCUACGGCUACAGCAGCAGCUACUCCACAGGUUCGGCUUCGUCUUGCUCAGGAACGGCGUCAAGAACGGCACCUCGGGGUUGAAAGGGCUUGUCGACUCGGGACCACCGUCGCGGUCGACCGAGUCGUCGCGCGGCGCUACGGUUGCCGAGCUGGAUGCAACACGAAUGAGUGAGACCGACAAGGGUCGCCCGUCUAAUGACAACGACGGUGGCCUCGAGGCGACGGGGCAGGCGCCGAGCUCGUCACGCGCAAGGCGUCGCGAGCGGAGAAGAUCGAGAUCGGACAGCAGCACCGGGGCCGGCGGCGGCGAGCUGCCUGCAGGUGCGAUGUCGGGAACCAACUCGCCGGACGACAACAUGUCAACGUGCUCCGAGCUGACUGAUGAGAAUCUGGAGGCGCACAAUGAGCGGAUGAGCGAGGAGGCGCGGCAAGAGUAUGAGCGUGAGCGGGAGGCCCGCAACGCGGCACCAGAUGACGCUCAGUUUGGCGAUGACGCCGCAGAUCUGGUGGUCAUGCAGCGGUACUACACAUUGGGUCGCACAAGGCUCUCAACGUUGCCGCUGCUGAAUGCGUCUGACGAGGUGACCAAACACAUUACCUCCAAGCCUGUCAAGGGCUGGCGGCGGACGGCGAAUCGCGAUGCUGCCCUCUCACGCUCGUCGCUCUCCUCGAUUGCCGAGUCCGAGGGCGAGCGAUCGCUGUCGUCAGGCUCGGACUCGAGCUCGGGUCUGUAG